AUGGCACCCACAACACCGAGUGAGUCCCCAAACAACAUGACAUUGAUUAUCAUCAUUGUGGUAGUUGUUGUGGUAGUGUUUCUGGUGGCUGUUGGGGCAUUUGUAUUUCUGAGGAGUAAAUCGAGCUCUCGCGAUGGCAAAUUGCCCAAAAACGAACCAGAAGGAGAACCAAAUGCUCCCGAAGACAUGACCAAGAGUAUAUCAAUGCAGCAUGGAGCCCCUCUUGGGAGUGACGAAUCAGAACGAGUGUCACAACAACCUGCCAGAAUCCCGGAUUCCGUGUUGGAGGUUCCUGAUGCUCCUACUGGUGGUGCUGUUUGGGACCGAACUUUGAUUGAACUAAAGAGGGAGGGUGUAAAUGAUGUUGUGGGGGAUGAUGCACCCAUGACGGUCACAGCUGUGCUUCAUCAGCCUGAACCAGUACCGAUAGCAAUUCACCAAUCCGAGGCUCUUGAUCAAAAGAGAAGGAUCAGUGAUCGCUCUGACCGUCGACGUGGUAACAAACAAGGGGACAUGGUCCCUGUGGCCAAAGCUGUGCCUUUCGAUGAAACCCUGUCUGAAUCCCCACCAGAACCACCAGUAGACCAAAGAUAUCUCCGGGAGAAAGAUGAUCUCUUUGAAGCAUAA